AGGGGUUGUGUGACAUAUACGUUCAUGAUGGCUAAAACUAGAGGCUUAAUUGCGAAGUUUUUUCGUCUAAUUUGUUUUAUUAUAUUAACCCUUUGGGUGCCAACGAGCGAUAUAUCGCUGCUCGGAACUUAUGUUACAGUCUCGAGUCAAGAGGUUGAUGGCUUUCCAAGGCAUGAUUCCUGGAAGUCAUCCUGCGAAACAAUAGAUGUCCCAUCGACAGAGCCCCCGCAUGUGCUGAGUGCAGCUGUCCAAGAGUCCCAGGUUACACGGUGGUCUGCAAGCAAUAGACCUGAACCUUCAAGGCAUGAGGUUUUCGAAGCUCCCUGCUUAAUUUGCGCGGUAACUGCAUUGAAGGUGCAACUACUCCGAAGUGUCGCCAGUUUCUACUAAGUUCGAAGCGAAAUGUUUUGCUCGCUCAUGAUCACUUCUCUAACUGUGAAUGACGUCACGGGCUUCCUCCUCUCUUACGAUGUCGCUGCGUGAAACCGUAUUUAAGAGAUAGAGGAUAUGUGUCAGCGCAAUUGCACGAAGUGACCACUCUGCUGAUAACAUAGUAUAUAAAUAAAUAUAUGGA